UCGAGCAGCCGACACCGGCCGGACGGGCGCCGUUCCCGCUGCUUCUGUUCGGUUCGCGCCGCGCGCCCUUUUCCGGCAUGUCGGCGGCGGUAGCGUGCGUGGAUUACUUCGCAGCCGACGUGCUCAUGGCCAUCUCCUCCGGCGCCGUGGUGCACCGCGGGCGGCCGGGCCCCGAGGGCGCGGGCCCCGCCGCCGGCCUGGAUGUGCGCGCGCCGCGCCGCGAGGCCGCCCCACCCGGGCUCCCCGGGCAGCUAACGCCGUCUUCCCGGGCUGCCCCCGGCCCGGCUCCCGGAGCUGCCGCCGCGCCCCACCUGCUAGCUGCCAGCAUCCUGGCCGACCUGCGAGGUGGGCCCGCUGCGGCCCCGGGGGGCGCCUCACCCGCCUCCUCCUCCUCAGCCGCCUCGUCCCCGUCCUCCGGCCGCGCCCCCGGCGCCGCGCCCGCCGCCGCCAAGAGCCACCGCUGUCCCUUCCCGGGUUGCGCCAAAGCGUAUUACAAGUCUUCGCAUCUCAAAUCGCACCUGCGGACGCACACAGGUGAGCGCCCCUUUGCCUGUGACUGGCCAGGCUGCGACAAGAAGUUUGCGCGCUCCGAUGAGCUGGCCCGCCACCACCGGACACACACAGGGGAGAAGCGGUUCCCCUGCCCGCUCUGCUCCAAGCGCUUCACCCGCAGCGACCAUCUGACCAAGCACGCACGCCGCCACCCUGGUUUCCGCCCGGAACUGCUCCGGCGCCCAGGCGCCCGCAGCACCUCGCCUAGCGACUCCCUGCCCUGCAGCCUGGCUGGCAGCCCCUCACCCAGCCCAGCACCCAGCCCAGCCCCUGCUGGCCUGUAGGGCCCAUCCAGCCCACCUGGAUCUCACCUGCCCAGAGCACCAGCAACAUGCCUGUUGUCCAGGCACCCUUCCAGCGCGCUCCCCUGAGGGUCCUAAGAUGCCUCUAAUCCCCUCAAGAAAGCAAGGAGGGGGCCUGAGACUGGACUGGGGUCAGCUGGACCAUGGAGGUGGCAUACUCCCUCACCCAUGGGUGGCUGGGGCCUGUGUCUGUAAAUAGCCAUGACCUAUAACUCUUUCCAUCUGCUAAACUGGGACCCCAGGUGGGUGGUCAGCAGGUGCUCCCCUUUCACCUUUGCCACUUCCCUGCCUUGGGGGAUGUGUGGGGGUGGGGCAGGAAAGGCACCCCCUGCCCAGUGCUUGGAGUCAGCCCCAGGGAAGAAAUGAGCAAAGAGCCAUAGAGGAACCAGGGGUGACUGAGGGCCCACCUGUCCCCACACACCUGCCUGGGGCCCCUCACCCCAUGGAAAGCCAUUGGAGAUGUUCAGGGAAACGGGGUGCAGCCCAGCUGCCCCCCAUUCGGGUAUUUGAUCUCAGGUGUCCACAGGUUCUGUCCCACUGCCCAUGGGAGGCAGGUGGGCAGGGGGAGGGGGAGGGUA